AUGAGAUCAAAAUCAAAGGGUUUUAAAAAUGGAGAGCUGGCGACGGAGAGUUGGGCGAUGAGACGGAGCUUGCGACGAAGACAUGGGUGCGACGAAGAAGAAAGCUCGCAUAAGCUGAACUGCUGGGAUAUUUGUUUAGUUGGGGAGUAUCCAGUGGUGGAGGGUGUAUGGGAAAUGUAA